GUACCAUUCACAAUUCUUAUCGCGUGGUUCUGCGCGCGCUCCGAUAACAAAUAAAUCUUGGAAAAGCACAAUUUUGGAUAACGUAUUUCUUUGGAGAGCCAGGCCGAGAGAGCAGAAAAGAGUGUGAAAAAUAAAAAACAAUCGGUUCGGCGGCAAUACGGGUAUUUUUAAUCUAAGCUAAAAUCGAAAGAGAAAAAGUAAAAUAUAUACGGGUAAAGCCGAGUGCUAGAAUCGGGAAAUUCAAUUCAAUAUUUCUAAAUGUGUUUAUAACUCGCUAGCAACGUAGUAAAUAAUAUUGCGAAAAGCAUCUCCCAUCUCUGUCAUACAUUUACAAAUCGCGCGACUAGGAAUUUAUCUAAAGUGUAAACCAAAUGCUAAAUCUAAGCCGAUAAUCUAAGUGUAAACUAAGUGUAGGAACCAAUACGAGAAUUUAAACGCGUCUAAAACUGAAACAAAAACCAAAAACCAACAAAACAAGAGACAAAGUGCAAAGCAAAGGCAACGCGCGCGUGACCAACCAGCGACAACAAUUUCCUCUCCUCUCCGUGGUCCUUUAGGUCGGCAAAAUAGCUAAAUCCAUUUUGCAAUUCUUAAAAAAGAAGAAAUCCCAUCAUAGUUCGACAUCGGGCGAGGGCAAGCUACAGCAGCAGUCCAGCUACGAGGAGGAGGGCGUCGGCGGUGGAGGAGGACCGGAGCAGGCGGCUAGCAGCAGCAGCAGCUCGGCUGGGCCAGGAGGAGCAGUAGGAGGAGGCGCCGCCGCCGCAAGCCAAAAGACAACACCACCAACGGCCGCAGCCGCAGCAGCAUCCGAAGGAGGAGCAGCAGCGAGCACGACAGACGGAGCAACAGCAGCAGCAGGAGCCUCCAGUGAGGAACAGCCACAGGUCUCUGCCAGCGCCACGUUUCGACUUUCGUCGCUCACGGGUACAAUCUCAAAGAUGGGAAACAACGCGACCACGUCCAACAAGAAGGUGGAUGCCGCCGAGACGGUCAAGGAGUUCCUCGAGCAGGCCAAGGAGGAGUUCGAGGACAAGUGGCGACGCAACCCCACCAAUACCGCCGCCCUCGAUGACUUUGAGCGGAUCAAGACUCUCGGGACGGGCUCCUUUGGCCGCGUAAUGAUCGUCCAGCACAAGCCCACGAAAGACUAUUACGCCAUGAAGAUCCUCGACAAGCAGAAGGUCGUCAAGCUGAAGCAGGUGGAGCACACGCUGAACGAGAAGCGCAUCCUGCAGGCCAUCCAGUUCCCCUUCCUCGUCUCGCUGCGCUACCACUUCAAGGACAACUCCAACCUCUAUAUGGUCCUCGAGUAUGUCCCCGGUGGCGAGAUGUUCUCCCACUUGCGGAAGGUGGGUCGCUUCUCGGAGCCCCACUCGCGCUUCUACGCGGCGCAGAUUGUGCUGGCCUUUGAGUAUCUGCACUACCUGGACCUCAUCUACCGGGACCUUAAGCCCGAGAAUCUGCUAAUCGACUCGCAGGGGUACCUCAAGGUCACGGACUUUGGGUUCGCCAAGCGCGUCAAGGGCCGCACCUGGACGCUGUGCGGCACGCCCGAGUAUCUGGCGCCGGAGAUCAUUCUGUCGAAGGGCUACAACAAGGCCGUCGAUUGGUGGGCGCUCGGCGUCCUCGUUUACGAGAUGGCUGCCGGCUAUCCGCCGUUCUUUGCGGACCAGCCCAUCCAGAUCUACGAGAAGAUAGUCUCGGGCAAGGUGCGCUUCCCCUCGCACUUUGGCUCCGACCUGAAGGACCUGCUGCGCAAUCUGCUGCAGGUCGACCUGACCAAGCGCUAUGGCAAUCUGAAGGCGGGCGUUAAUGAUAUUAAGAACCAGAAGUGGUUCGCCUCCACCGACUGGAUUGCGAUCUUCCAAAAGAAAAUCGAGGCACCCUUCAUACCACGGUGUAAGGGGCCCGGCGAUACAAGCAAUUUCGAUGACUACGAGGAGGAGGCACUGCGGAUCUCCAGCACCGAGAAGUGCGCCAAGGAGUUUGCUGAAUUCUAGAUCAAGUUUUCCACCACCUCCACUCCACCCACAUAUUUGCAACCGCCACAACAACAACAAGAACAACAGCAGGACAGAGCAAUUCCACUGCUCCUGCACUAGCUCCGUGCUACAUUGGCUCCUGGAGUUGCUACUGUCGCCCAACUGCUGUUGCGGCCUGGCGGACCAUGUCCUCAUAGCCGUAGCCGCCGCCGCCGUCGUUGUCGUCGUCGUCGUCGUCGUCUUGUCUAUAUGUCUACUUCUACUUGCAACUGCAACUGCAAAAAACAGCCACAACAACAACAACUACUACUAUCUACGUCUACGUCUGGACAUAUGGUUUAUGUCUAUAUCUAUGUCUACAAAAACCAGCCACAUGCCCCACGUAUCGAACUAUCUAAUCACAUCAACAUAACACAACACAAAACAACACAAAAACAUCGCUAUAUAUUCUACUACAUUGGAUUUUUCACAACAAUUUGCAUAAAUCAUGAACCACUAAAACUGCAACAAACUACAAGAACUACAAUCUACAGGUGGAACAGUGUUCCUCCUCCUCGAAGCCAAACCUCAGCCGAAGCAGCCUUUUUGUCUAGAGACCAGCCAGAAAGGGCCAGAAGCGGGAUGACAGGAUGAACGGAAAGGAAA